AUGUCGCUAAGCAGUCUUAUCUUUUGGCGAACUUACUACAAGUAUAAAUACUGUCCAGAGUAUUUCUAUCUACACGGAAUGUUAGGGGAAAGUCUUGCUUGGUCACGUGGUUCGGCAGCUGUCCUGUGGGUCAGUUGUAGCGUGAUUCUCUUACCAAUGUGCAGAAAUUUGUUGACAUUUAUCAGAAAGAAAAUACCAAAGUUCCUAGGACUGACCCUGAAAAGAAUUAUUGACAAACAUGUUUGGAUACACAGAGCAUGUGCCAUAAUUACUGUGAUAUUUGCAGCUAUGCAUACUGGUGCUCAUCUCAUCAAUGGUAAACAGUUUUCUGAUAACUACAAUGAAAAAUACCCACAACUAAACUUUGCUGACUACAAAAAUCAGAAUCCCCUGGAAUUGGUAUUGUUUUCAGUUGCAGGAAGUACUGGUUUUGCUAUGAUGUUGAUACUAGUUGUAAUGUUCUCUGCAUCUACGUCUUCCGUGAAAAACAGUUCGUAUGAAGUAUUCUGGUUCACGCAUCAUUUGUUUGUGGUGUUUUUAGUUUUACUUUCCAUCCAUGGUUUCGGGGGUGUGGUGAAACACCAAACAAACCUAUCCAUGCACCCCCCUGGCUGUGAGGUACGAAGGAAUACCACGAUUGCAACGUUGAUUCAGAAAGAAGAAUGUACUGAGGCUGCAGAGUUUGAAGCAGAUGAACCACAGGCCUGGAAGUUCCUUUUUGUUCCUCUGUGCAUCUAUUUAUUGGACAGAAUGAUUCGUUUUCUGAGGAAGUUUGAGAAAGUUGAAAUAGUCAAGGUCGUAUGUCAUUCAAGUGACGUAGUGGAGUUAAGAAUGAAGAUGAAACAUUUAGAAGCUUCUCCAGGACAGUAUGUCUACAUUAGCUGUUCUCGUGUCGCCAAGUUUGAAUGGCAUCCUUUUACUCUUACAAAGUGCCCGAUAAGUGAAGACGAUGUAUUCUCGGUGCAUUUCAAGAUCACAGGCGAUUGGACCAGGAAGUUUUCUAGGGAGAUCUUUGCAUUUCGAGAAGAUCCUGAAAAGCUUCCUCUUCUUGUCCAACGUGAUAAGCAGUCAUAUAUACUAAGACGAUCAUCUAUAAGGAUUUGCGUCGACGGUCCGUAUGGAAGUCCCUGCAUGGACGUGGCGCAGUACGAAGUAAGUCUCUGUAUUGCUACUGGGAUUGGAGUUACACCAUUCGCAGCUCUUUUAAACAACCUAAGAAUGGAAAAAUUAUUGAAGCAAAGAACAAACUAUCCUCGUCGCAUUUAUUUCAUCUGGGUUAGUCGAGAUGUUAUCUCACAUCGUUGGUUUAUCGAUAUUCUCUACUCUAAGCAUCUACAACUAUGGGAGAGUAAUUGCCCAGAUGUCCUAGCUUGUGAAAAUCAAUGUACCACGUCAUCAUGGAUGAGAGCAAGACUUACACAAGGGCGGCCUGACUGGCAAUCAAUAUUCAGGAGAGUGGCUCAAGAAAACCCUAGAUCGACUGUUGGAGUAUUUUACUGUGGCACGAAAAACGUCUCUUCAAAACUGAGGAAGUUGUGCAAUAAAUCUAACAAGACUAAAACUAUUUUUGUUUACAACAAGGAGAUUUUGUAA